AUGUCAUCUACAACUACUUUGAUCGAUGCCAUGCAAACUUUGUCCUGUAUAAACUUACAAGAUGAUGGUUGGAUUGACAGCAUUCUUGAUGAAUGCCAACCCCGCAAGAGGGUCAAGCCUGACGAUUGCGAGCUACACAAGCAAACUCAGACGGAUUUCCUUGCGCCUUCUCAUGUAUUCUCUACGAAAUGGUUAAAUCAGCUUCAGCAGCGUUGGGAUGACCCUCCCGACUAUGUCUCUUUUAUGGGACUUGCUCCUACAAUGUCUCGAAACAUCAUACGGUUCACUCGCGAAGGUCUCGAGGGACGUGUGACAGGAUAUAGAGAGGUCACUGUUCCCGCCCACUCAAUCACAGCCAAAAACUCUACAUCUCUUCUGCGCAAACCUGCCUCUAAAGCCGAUUUUGUGAGAGGCAAGGCUGGUUUCUUUCCGUUCAGCCCUGGGGGCAUUGAUAUUGGAACUGCAAAUGAGAGGCCAGAGGAACUAGAAUUACAAGAGUCCUUGGUAGAAGAAAGAAUUGGCAAAGAUGGAUUACUAAAAGUUGCACCAGGAAUGUUCAGGGGUCUCAAGCUAAGAAAGGAUAACGACGAAGAGAAUGAAGAAGCGGAGGAUGUCGAAGAAAAAGUAGACGUGGAAGAAGAGGGCUUCAAAUUCGGUGAUGUUGCUCCAAAAAGAAGACAUAAAGAAGAGACCGGGGAUGUUAUCAUAAAGAAAGCCGAGAAACCUUUGGCAGAAUUGGACAGUAUCGAUGAUUUAUUACCAAUUGAGUUUCCCAUGCUUGCACCAAAAGGAAACUUGCCUUUGGCAGUGACAAGGCCAAAGGCCAAAGAAUGGGCACAUAUGGUCGAUGUGAACAAAGAAAUUACCAAUUUUCACGAGCUUGUACCAAAUAUGGCAAAAGAAUGGCCAUUUGAGUUGGAUACUUUUCAAAAGGAAGCUGGGAAGACAGUUGUUGCCGAGUAUGCUAUUGCUCUUGCUACAAAACAUAUGACGAACUUUGAGCAAUCAGAAAUUCGCGACUUUAGAAAAGUAUUUGAUGAUGUUGGAAUCUUAACUGGCGAUGUUCAAAUCAAUCCAGAAGCAAGUUGUUUGAUUAUGACCACCGAGAUCUUAAGAAGCAUGCUGUACAGGGGUGCAGAUAUCAUCCGGGAUGUGGAAUUUGUCAUAUUUGAUGAGGUCCACUAUGUCAACGAUCUUGAGAGGGGCGUGGUUUGGGAGGAGGAGAAAGAUCCACCGCCAGCUCAAGCACCCACGGGUAAUCAACGUGGGGGUGGCAAUCAGCGUGGAGGCCCAAAUCAGCGUGGAGGCCCAAUCAGCGAGGAGGCCCAAAUCAACGGGGAGGUCGUGGAGGGACACAGCAACGCGGCCAAAGCAGCGGAACCAUUACUGCAACCAACUGAGAAGAGUGCCAUCCACAUGAUCAUUGAGAAGAGUAUUGCAAGACUGAAGCCUGAGGAUCGACAACUACCACAAAUCAGGAGGAUGAGGGAGCUUUUGGCUCGGGGAUUAGCUGUACAUCAUGGAGGAUUAUUGCCAAUCGUUAAGGAAAUUGUUGAAAUUCUAUUCGCAAAACACUAG